CCACUUCUUCAUCACUGUCCCGCUCCAUCGCACCCGCUCAAUUGCUCACAUCCAUCAUCAUUCAUUUUCUUUCUUUCUUUCUUCUUCCGUUUCUUUUGCCUCUUUUCUUUUGUCUUCUUCCUUUCUUUUUUUUCUUAAUAUAUAUUGUUUAAAAGAAGGAAAUUUUUUGUGGCUUUUAAUUUAUUGGGUCUUGUUCUUCUUUAGCCGUUUCAUCUCAUCAAAGGCAUCUUCUUUUCUGUCAAGAUCCUGAAUCAUCGGAUCUGAAAGGAAAGUAGGGUUUGGUAAAUCGGAUGAAUCUGAAUCUGGUGGGAAAUUUCUGAAAAAGGCUUCAUACUUGUGUUAGUAACUCUAAUUCUACUCAGAGAGUCACCGUCUGUAUAGUUAAAUACACCAUUCAUUGAAGAAGAAGAUGCUUAGUGGAAACAAUGGAAACACUGUACCACCGGUUUUCAUGAAUGAGAACCAGUUGCAAUACCAGACAAACACACAAUCCAAUCAGCUUCACUUGCUCGGAACCAUGGGAGGUGGGUGCACUGUUGAUCCAGUUAACUAUUUUGCUAACGAUAAUCUCGUUCCAAUGAUUCGGCCUAACAAAAGAGGAAGGGAAGCCGAAAGCAUUAGUAAUAUACAAAGACAACAGAAGCUUCAGAUAUCUCUGAACUAUAAUCAGAACAACAUUAGUUUUCCAGAAGAAGUCCCUAAGGAGAACCUAGUCUCCACUGGUCUUAGACUAUCUUAUGAUGACGAUGAACGCAACUCUUCGGUGACUUCUGCUAGUGGUAGCAUUGUAGCUGCUUCUCCAAUCUUUCAGUCACUUGAUGAUAGUCUUCGGAUUGACCUCCAUAGACAAAAAGAUGAGCUUGACCAGUUCAUCAAAAUCCAGGCAGCUCAAAUGGCGAAAGGAGUGAGGGAUAUGAAACAGAGACAGAUUGCGUCUUUUCUCAGCACAAUAGAGGAAGGAGUGAGCAAGAAGCUACGAGACAAAGAUCUCGAGAUCGAUAACAUGAACAAGAAGAAUAAGGAGCUCGUGGAGCGGAUAAAGCAAGUGGCAAUGGAAGCUCAGAAUUGGCACUACAGAGCAAAGUACAACGAGUCUGUGGUUAAUGCCUUGAAGACAAAUCUACAACAAGCGAUGUCACACAACAACAACAACAACAACAAGGUGAUUGCUGCUGCAGAUCAAGGCAAAGAAGGGUUUGGAGACAGCGAGAUAGAUGAUGCAGCUUCAUUAUACAUUGAUCCAAACAACAAUAACAACAUGGGGACUCAGAGGAUGAGAUGCAAAAUGUGCAAUGCCAAGGAAGUAUCGGUGUUACUUGUGCCGUGUAGGCACUUGAGUUUGUGUAAAGAAUGUGACGUAUUCACUGGCGUUUGUCCUGUAUGCAAGUCUUUGAAAACUUCUAGCGUUCAGGUCUUCUUUUCCUGAAUCUUGUGACAACAAAAAAAUGGCACAUAAGAAAAGAAGAAUCCAUUACAUAA